AUGUUUGGAAGCAAAACUGUGGAAGACCAUGAGAGCAAGGUAUCCUCGACAACACCGGAUCAUGACCAAGCAGUACAUGAGGACUCAGGGUCAGCGACUUUAGCAACUUCAAGCUUGAGUGUCAAGGACCAACCCUAUGAGGGAGAAGUUGCUCAAGCAACACCCGAAGGAGGCCUAGUAGCCUGGCUGGCAGUCGUGGCUUUCUUCCUCGCCAUCAUGAACACAUGGGGCAUGAUAAUAUCCUACGGUGUCUUCCAAACCUACUACGUCUCCACACUCCACAGAACACGGUCUGACAUCGCCUGGGUAGGCUCCAUAGCCGUCUUCCUUCUCUUCUUCACCGGUAUCGUCAGCGGGCGUCUCACAGACGCAGGCUACUACCGUUAUGUCACAGCCACUGGUGCGUUUCUGGUUGUACUAGGCACUUUCAUGACUUCUCUCAGCGAGACUUACUGGCAAGUUCUCCUCGCACAGGGCGUCUGCACGGGUCUUGGGAAUGGGUGUCUGCUUACGCCCAUGUCGACGCUUGUCACGACAUAUUUCAAGAGAAGGCUGCCGCUUGUUACGGGCAUUGCGGCGUGUGGAAGUGUGACUGGGGGACUCAUUUACCCUAGUAUGGUGAGAACGCUGUUGCCGAGUAUUGGCUUUGGAUGGACAUUGAGAGCGAUCGGGUUUAUACAGUUGGGUACUUUUGCGGUUGCGCUGGUGUGUGGGAAGCCGAAGAGAGCAGCGCGGAAGUCGGGUCCGCUGUUGGAUGUGUCGGUCUUUAGGGAGACUGCAUUCAACUUACUCCUCGUAGGAUCCUUUUUGGCCUAUUUGGGCGUCUUCUUCCCAUUCUUCUUCCUCAGUUCGUAUGCGCGAGAGAAGCGGGGAAUGUCAUACACCGACUCUCUCAACCUUACCUUGGUUCUGAAUGGCAUCGGAUUUGCAGGUCGGCUGCUACCCAGCCUGAUUGCCCGGUACUGCGGUACUAUGAAUGUCUACAUAACAUUCAUCUUCUGCUCUGCGCUAUGCAUGUAUACCUGGAUACCGGUACACUCGACUCCCGGGCUAUACGCGUGGACAACAUUCUACAGUCUCUCUGUCGGAGGAGUCCAGUCGCUCUCCCUAGCGAUCGUCCCCAUCAUUAUCUCGGAUACGUCUAAGAUGGGAGCCUCGUUUGGCAUUGUGUUCGCGGCUAUUGGAAUUGGCGCGUUACUGGGUUCUCCAGUAUGUGGCGCUAUCAUUACAUCGAGUGGGGGAUCAUAUGCUGGAGCACAGGCAUUUUCGGGCAGUGUACUAGUGGCUGGAGGGCUCAUCAUAUUUGCUGCACGUGAAGCGAAGAGGCGGCAGAAACGGGAAGAUGUUUGGGUGAAGAUGUAA